UCUCCUUGUAUAAAAGGUAAAAUGAUGCCUUUAUCUAUUUGCUGUACAAUCGUCAUCCAUCGAGACUGCUAGUUUUCCAAAAAUGGCUUUCCAGGUACUGUUAUUUGUUGCCGCAGUCUUCCUGCAAUCUGCCAACAGCGCAGAUCCCAACAAACCUGGUGUUGUAUUAUCGGGUGGUAAGGCUAUCGUGAUACAAAAUUAUCACUUGCUGAAAAGCAAGUCAAACAUUAUCAACAUGCACGAAGCAUACAAGAUGAAAGAGAAGUACAUGAGGGACUGUGACGCUCUGUUCAAACUGGGCUACACCGAAAGUGGCAUCUACGUGAUCCAGCCUGUGGAUUCCCCCUACCUGGUCGUCCACUGCAACAUGAGCUACGACUGCAGUGGGUGGACCACAUUCCAACGCAACACCCGCAACAGCGAGAUGACGUGGACGGAGGCCUGGACCAGCUUUAAGUACGGUUUCGGCAACAUCGAGGGAGAUCACUAUCUGGGGAACCACUACAUGCAACUCAUCACCAGGCACAAGUGGUACAAGAUGAGAGUGGUCCUCGACAAAGAUGACGAUCAGAAAUAUGCCGAGUACAGCAGCAUGAAGCUGGAGACCGAAAAUUACAACCUGAAGCUCGGCGCGUUCAAAGGCGGCGCUACCGACGCUCUGUCCUCCUCGGUCAACAUGGUUGACAACAUGGGAUUCAGCGCGAAAGAUAUGGACAACGAUAAUUCCAGGCAAAACUGCGCAGGCAAGUACGGUGGUGGAUUUUGGUUCAACACUUGUGAUCCCGCCAUGCCUACCGUUCAGCUGAACCAGAGAGGGCGGAUUUACUGGGGCGAUUUCUGCGAUGACUGCAGGCACGUCACCAUGAUCGUCAAGCCCGUCGAUAUGUAUUGCCGUCCGGAAGAUUGGCCCAUGGAAGAGUAAGCUCGCUUCUAGUUUCCCCAACGCUGUGUCUGUGGAACGCCUUUUCCCUUCGCAGUGCAAAUCCGCUGCUUAAUGUACGCGUUUAUGCUGUAGCUUAGAAAUAAAAAACAUUAAUCAAAGCACA